UAUGUCAGCACUUGAGAUAGCACGCAAGAAAAUAUCAUUUGAUGUAAACAAGUUGUCACACUUCAUUUGGGAAGGAGAAGAAAGAUUCAAGAGAUUUAUGGCUUUUUAGAAGAUAUGUAGUUCUGAUCCUCUUCUUCGUAAUAAUCCAAAAGACAUUGGAAUUGGAAGAGCAGAAACAUAUGAACUAUAUGCUAAGAAAAUGAAGAAGUUAUUGGAAGUAGCUGACUUGCGUGAUAUCAAAGAGUUUGCAACCUUGAUCUAUCCAGAGGCUGUAAGAUAUUGAUAUUAUGGUUAAAUAGUUAGUGUCAUCAUUGAAUUAUGAAAUGUUUAUGCCCACAAUAUUGAAUUUGGGUACAGAUGAAUAAGUGAAGCUAUUUUAUGAACCAGCAUCAAGAUGGGAGAUACUUGGUUGUUAUUCAUAAACAGAAUUAGCACAUGGUUCAGAUAUAAAUAGAAUUGAAACAAUAGCCACAUAUGAUAAAUAAACAAAAUCUUUUAUAAUUCAUACACCAUCAUUAAAAGCUACUAAAUGGUGGGGUAGUGAUAUGGGAAUAACAGCUACUCAUGUAGUUACUUAAGCUUAAUUGUAUAUUGAUGGUAAGAGAUAUGGAGUAUAGAAUUUUGUUGUAUAAAUAAGAGAUGUAAAAACUCAUCAAACACUUCCAGGUAUUCUAGUAGGUGAUAUUGGUGCUAAAUUUGGAUACAAUGCAAAAGAUAAUGGAUAUUUAAGAUUUGAUAAUGUUAGAAUUCCAAAAGUUAAUAUGUUAAGCAAAUAUGUAAAUGUCUCAGAUGAUGGUCAAUUCACUAAAACAGGAGAUGAUAAAGUAUGGCAUGCUACAAUGUAAUUAAUGAGAUAACAUUUCUUGGAUUCUGUUUGGAAAUGUCUAGGAAUUGGUCUAACUAUUGUUAUUAGAUAUUCAUUAUAAAGAAAAUAAUUCAAAGAUGCUUUAGGAUAAGAAAUUCCUAUCUUUGAUUAUCAACUUUAAUAACAUAAAUUGAUUCCUUUAAUUGCUGAAAUGUAUGGAUGUAUGUUAGGAAGUAAAAGAGUUUUUGCUAUGGCAUAAGACAAUGUUGCUAGAAUCAAAUAAAAGAAUGAUUUCUCUAAAAUGAUGGUAUAUCUUUAAAUCAUUUUAGGAAGUACAUGUUGUCUUAAGUGCUUCUAAAGCCUACUAUACAUGGAAUUGUUUCUUUGCUUUAGAAAAGGUUAGAUAAUGUGCUGGUGGACAUGGUUAUUCAUAUUAUUCUGGAAUCCCACCUCUUAUUACUGAAAUGAGUCCUUGUGUUGUUGCUGAAGGUGAUAAUACAGUUUUAUCUUUAUCUGUUGGUAAAGUCUUAUUGAUGUAUCUCAAUAAAGGUAUUUUUAUUAUUUCUAUUCAUAUAGCCAUGUAAUCAGGAAAGGCUCCUAAUACAACUUGUGAUUAUUUGGAAGACAUUUUCAAUUAUUUGACUGAACUCAAAUAACCAUUAGUCUCAAAAGAGUGCACAAGAGAUCUCAAUAAAGUUUUGGCUGCUUUAAGAUACAAUGUUGCUUUCAAUGUUGCUAAUGCAGGAUAAAAAUUACAAACUCUCAUGGGUGAUAAGGGAUUAACAUUUAAGGAAGCUACAGACAAACAUUUAGGUAUUCUCUUAUAAGAAAUUGCUCAUACACAAUCAAAUUAUUGGACUUUCAGAACUUUUGUUGAAGAAAUUAAUGCUUUGACUGAUCCAAAUAUUAAGGCUGUUCUAAGUUAAUUAUGUUUAUUGUAUGGUCUUAAUAAGAUACUUGAAUAAUAAGGAUAAUUGUUUGAAUAUGGAGUUUUAAGUGGUCCUCAAUUUGUAUGGAUCAGAGAAACUAGAGAUGAACUUAUUUCAAAUUUGAAAGAUAAUGCAUUAGGAUUAGUAGAAGUAAUUUGAUUUUCUAUACUUCUUAGUCUAUUGGAUAUGAUGAUAAUAGUGUAAGAUCAGCUAUUGGAGAUUCUUAGGGUAAUCCAUAUGAGAAAUUAUAUCAUUGGGCUAAGGAUCUUAAUCCAUUAAAUGAGCCAGAGUUCCAUGAGUAAGUUUUUAAGACGAUUAAGACAAUCAGAACAGCAUCUCCACAUGCUAAAUUAUGAUU